GUGUGAUAGAGAUUGAUUAGUAAAAACUUUGGUCUAGUUUUGUAAUAACAACUGCCAGAGAUUUUGCCCCAGCCUUUGUGUUUCACUGCCUCUCUCUUCUGCUCUCACUGUCACUUGCUCUGUCUUUCUUGAGAAAAAGAACUUCUUUCCUGUAUUUGCUUUCUAAAGAGGAAGUGCUACUCUCUUUAUGCAGUCUGCUUUCAUUGCUGUCUGUUCAGUAGCGUGAGCAAGUCGCACGCAGUGGGUUGUUUUGGAGGAAGGAUGAAUGGCACAGGUGGUGGUUCUUGGGGGUCAAAGUGGGAACAUGAGGAGGACCAGGAUGGGGCUUAUGCUGGUAUGUUGGGGGCCUGCGUGAUCCUGGCUGUGUGCUUUGUUGUGGGGGUUCCAGGGAACCUGCUGGUGAUUUGGACCAUCGUGAGACACGUGAAGAAGCGGUCUCACACUGUUCUGGUCAUUCUGCACCUGGCUGUUGCUGACUUGCUGGUGCUGGUCACUCUGCCUCUGUGGAUCUACUCACUGGCUCAUUCCUGGGUGUUUAGUGAGGCUGUCUGCAAAGCCAUGGUGUACAUCAUCAAUGCUUGCAUGUAUGCCAGUGUCUUCCUCAUUACCAUCAUGAGUGUGGAGCGCUUCCUGGCCAUCCGGUACCCCUUUGCUUUGGCCAGCUGGAGAAGGAAGCAAGCUCUGAAUAAAGUGCUGCUGAUUGUGUGGGUGGCUUCAUUUCUGUUGAGCAUCCCUGUGAUAGUCACUCAGGUUUUGGGUGGAAAUCUGGGGGAAGAGCAGUGCCUGUUUCGUGCUUAUGAAUCCAACAUACAAGAGGCUGUGAUCCUCCUGUUUGAGACUCUAAUGGGCUUUGUGAUCCCAUUCUCUAUCCUGCUGGUCUGCUACGGCUGCCUCUUCAGCCGGAUUGCACAGAUGAGCCUCCGGUCCAAGAAGAAGUCCACGGUCCUGAUUGCCAGUGUGGUGGUGCUGUUUGCUCUCUGCUGGAUCCCGCACCAUGUCGAAAAUUUCCUGUCUCUGGUGCUCCUUACUCUCCAGGAAAAUUCCCAGGAAGCAAAAACCCUCCAUAGUGCAGUGGAAGCCAUGACCAUCGUGGCAGGUGCGCUGGUCUUUGUCAGCAGCACUGUUAACCCUGUGCUGUAUGUUUUUGCGGCAAGAAACUUCCGCAGCUCUCUGAGGGACACGGGUAUCCAGAAGCUUUUCCGCCAUCUGUCCAGCACAGCCACAGGCGAGGGCAAUAAAGAGCUGUCAUACGUGUCCAGGCGGCAAAGCUCUCAGACGACCACCUCUCAGUGCUGCACAGAGUCCAAAGCACAGAUAGAUCUGCUUGUGGACAUAUGCAACAAUGCAGCCACGCAAGACAUUGUGUGAAGGUACUGAGUUGGACUGAAUAGAACAUAAUCUAGAUUUCUAAAGUAAAAAGAAAAAUGUUGAUGUAUGUACAUAAAUAUAUAUACAUAAAUGCACACAUGUUUUUUUUCUGGAUGUAUUCCUAAAGACUUUUUGCAUAGAGAAGCACUGACCACUGUCCAGGACUACACUGGGGUAUUAUAAAAUGCCCUUUUACCUUCAAAAGCAUGUUAAAUAUGUGUAUCACAGAAUUGUUUUACACCAUCAGCUUCCAUCCUCCAAUCAUAAAAUACUAGUGUAGUAGACUCAAUCUGCAUUUCAUUCAGUAUGUAUAUCAUUUUAUUGUCGUAUGUUUACCAGGGAAGUAGUUCUAGCCUGUUGAACUGCACUGAUGUUUAUUCGUUCAUCUAAAAAAGGUUAUGCAAAGUUCAGAACUUUGUUCUAUGUUCUGUUAUAAGUGUUCUGUCAGUGUUAAUGUACUGUAACAUAUUUUACUGUUUUGUUUCAUUGGUUAUUGAUAUCUUUGUUUCAGUAUAGCCUACCUCUGUAAAUGCAAUUAAAAGAAAAUCCUUACAUUAA